AAUAUAUUCUAAUAAUAACUCGGUCUUCUCCGAAUGAACCGUCCUUCUCGCUUGCGACUCCCUCUCCGUGUCUGUCGUCUCUCCCCCUCCGUUCCUCCGAGCCCUCGCCAUCUCCGUUUCCAUCUCCGUCUCCAUCUCGUCCUCCAUCAAGAGCUUCAAUGUCUCUCUUCCUUGCAUCUGCCCUCCGUAAGUCAGCAAUCAGAAGCCGUGGGGGCGUCUCCGCGUGGUUCGGCAGCUUCGCGGCAGCCGAGAAGGAGCGUGACCUCGGCGCUCUCGGGAGAGCGGUCGCGGGGGUACUCGCCAUCGGGGGAUCGGCUAUCGGCCUGUGGAUGCUUACUUCGGUCUCGUCGUUCCCCGAUUCCUCCCUCUCCUUCGCCGACUCCAACCUGGAGCGGAGCGAGCCCGAGCACCCGAUAGCAACGGAUGAUGCGAAGAUGGAAAAGAAGUCCAAAUUUCUGUUCGCAGAUUCAUACCGGAGAAGGGUGUUUUUUAAAUAUGAGAAACGGAUAAGGUUGCGAAGUUCUCCUGAAAAGAUUUUUGAGUAUUUUGCAUCAUCUAAGAACCCAGAAGGAGAAGUAUGCAUGACACCUGCAGAUUUGAUGAGAGCAGUUGUUCCUGUUUUUCCUCCAUCAGAUUCCGAUAUUGUUAGAGACGGAUAUUUGAGAGGGGAACAUGAUCCUGGAGAAUUGCGUUGUGCUCCAUCUACGUUCUUUAUGCUUUUUGACACUAACAACGAUGGACUCAUAUCCUUCCCAGAAUAUAUAUUCUUUGUGACCUUGCUUAGCAUUCCUGAAUCAAGCUUCAGUGUGGCCUUUAAAAUGUUUGAUCUUGACAACAACGGAGAGAUAGAAAGAGAAGAGUUCAAGAAAGUGAUGGGAUUAAUGCGUUCUUAUAACAGACAAGGGGCUUCUCAUAAUAAUGGACUACGCAUUGGUCUAAAAGUUGGUGGCUCUAUUGAGAAUGGAGGUCUGGUUGAGUACUUUUUUGGCAAAGAUGGGAAAGGAUGUCUCCAACUUGAUAAGUUUGUUCAAUUUCUUAGGGACUUGCAUGAUGAGAUUGUGCGCUUAGAGUUCUCUCAUUAUGAUUUAAAGUCAAGAGGAACAAUUUCUGCCAAGGAUUUUGCUCUGUCAAUGGUUGCUUCAGCAGACAUGAAUCAUGUAGACAAGUUACUAGAUCGAGUGGAUGAAUUGGACGAUAGCCCUUCGCUUAGAGAUUUGCACUUCACCUUUGAAGAAUUCAAAGCUUUUGCAGAAUUGCGUAGAAGAUUGAGACCGUUGACUCUAGCUAUCUUUAGUUAUGGGAAAAUGAAUGGCUUGUUGACAAAGCAGGACUUUAUACGAGCUGCAUCUCAUGUCUGCGGCAUCUCUUUGACGGAAAACAUGGUGGAUGUCAUCUUCCACGUCUUCGACACAAACCGCGAUGGGAACUUGAGCUCAGAGGAGUUCCUGAGGGCCUUGCAGCGACGAGAGAGCGAUGCUUGCCAGCCCAGCGCGCCAGGCGGAGGCAUCAUGGGACUCUUGUCGUGCUGGUUGCAGUGCACAAAGAACUGCGCCAAGCCGCAGGUGUUCAGCUAGAGUGCCUGCAGGCGAGUGGAUGUGGUGUUCGAAGUCGCCAUGUUUUUUGUUGUCAUUGGAAGUUUGCAAUCUCUUGGACGAUUCCUUGCUGUCUUUUCAGCUGCAUAUCGUUGCAUGAUAAAUUUCUUGAUCCCCAUUUGAUGCUCA